GGGUGGGGGGCGGCUAGAGAGGGUUCUUUAGCUGCUUUUAGUUCUAAUUGGCUGCUUGAGGAUACUUAAGGCCCUAGCUUCCCUGCCUGGCUCUAAUCCCAUCACUUUUCCCCACUAGGGCUGGUGACCUGCACUGUAGGGUCCUCAGUUUAGAUGGAGGUCUUCAAUCUGUGGAGGGAUUAUCUGGGACUCGCCAGUGUGGUGGGGGCUCUCAGGGAAGAAAAACUGGAGCCCCAGGGGGUAGGGACAGAGCCUGUCCCAGGCCCUGGCCCCAGCCUAAGGCAGGACCUUCUGCCCUCCAGGGACCCCCUGUGCACCUUUUGCAAGCACAAUGGGGAGUCUCGAAACAUCUACUUAUCCCACACGCUGAAGGACGAGGAAGGCCGGGUGGUGUGCCCCAUCCUGAGAAAAUAUGUGUGCCCACAGUGCAGAGCCACCCAAGACAAUGCCCACACCAAGCGCUUCUGCCCGCUCACCAGCAAGGGCUACAUGUCUGUGUACAGCUACACGGCCCGCAAUUCUGCUGGCAAACGGGCUACCCUUCAGUGGCCAUCAGAGGAGCCGAGCCUGGCCAAGGCCAGGAGCAAGAGGCUUCCGGCAGCGCCAGAAGGAAAAGCUACCACUCAGCCUCUGGAUGAAAGCAGCGCAGGCCGUGGCACAGGGUCAAAAGCCUCCAGGACUGCUUUUCUCACUCUGAAACCAUGAAUUUCAGCUUCUGCCUAAGAGGACUUUGGGGACCCAGACACCUGCUUUGCCUAAGCCAAGUCGAAAGGAUUAGUGUCAGAGAGGGAAAGAAGAGCAGCACUCCUGGAGGCCGUUGGGGUCUCUCUCAGGCAACCAGGCCAGCUUCAUCUUCCUGGACUCUGAGCAGCUCCUCACUGCCCAGUUCCUUCAUACCAGAUCUGGCUGCCAUAAGCCUGCCUGACCCAGGGCCUGGCCUGUGUUGGGCCUCUUGACUCCCCUGCUCUGGACCCAUCCCCGAAAAUGAUUUGCCUUAGGACUCUCACAUCUUCAUGGUACGGGGAGAAAGCUAAGUCUGGGGAAGGAGAAGUGACAGGCUUGUGAGAUGAACGUUCUGCCUGGGAAAUGACCUCAACUAACUGGACUGGGAAUUCUGUCAUUCCCCUUUGAUAGUACCUAAUGACUGGUAUGCAGGUUUGGCUGCCUUGAUUAUACAACUGACAAAACACAAGGGAAUUUGUAUGUUAUCUUGCUAUAAAGGCUUACUGGGAAUCCUGCAGAGUGGCUCUAACAUAACAAAAUUCUUGGGUUUCUUUUCCACACCUUUGUUCAUGGUUCAAGUCCUCCCGCGCUGUUACUGGUGAAUUGCUUUCUAAAUAAAGA